CUUUUUAGGGAGCCGCAGAUUUGAUCACCUUAACCAGCUCCUGAGGACAAAUAUGUAGCAAUAGAAGAAGAAAAGUAAAAAAAAAAAAAAGUACCUAAAACAUGACAAGACACGCUGGACGGUCUUUAGUCUUCAGUUUGGCUUUAAUACAGUGGUGAAGCACUAAGAUUACUCGAGGAGGAACCAAAAAAACCAUCAAGCAUGCUUACAUCAGAGCACCGGAAGACUCAUGGCUUCAACAGUGCAGGGAGAUUUCUCACCACUUACAAGAAGGACUAUGGACCCGUCAGGGAGCGCUACCCACAUCUGAACUCCAGAGAUGAGCCUCCUCCUUCUUCUGCCUUCAUGUCUUCAUUUGGCGUCCUCACACCUUCCAUUUCCGUGGCAACUCAGGAUGUUGGCUCCGCCCUGAUGGUACACUGGACGCAGGAUGCAGGAGUUGCCAGGGGGACUGAGCUCUUCGUUGGUCAAGAGGAUGAAAGUCAGCGGCGCCGUGUUUGUGAUGGAUGUGGUGGGAAAGCAAACAUGUUGCAGCAGCAGGAGGCAAACGAUACCAAGACUGAGAUUGUCUACAAGGGAGGUGUGGUUGUGCUGUCUUCCACCGACGGUCCAUCCAGCUGUAAUGAUUUUCUAAGAAAUUUACUGAGAGAAAGCGGACUGCAGCACCUGCUCAGCCCUCCUCAAGGCUGGUCUGCUGUUGACAUAAACAAAGAUGACCAACACUCGGAUAAGAGUGCCUUCUCAUGGGGUUUGAGCGCCUCCUCCCUCCAGAACCCUUUAGCUCAGGGCAGCCGCUGUGCAAGGGGACCUGAGUGCUUUGAGCUGAAAACCAUCUGUCAGAGCAGCGCCCUGCCUCAAGCCCACGUACAGCCAGCAACUUACUGCACAGAGACCAGGAGGAAGCUACCGCAAACAGAAUACCAGUUCAACUAUGGCCCUAAGAUACAGAGUGGUCAAAGGAAGCUCUGUACUCAGCAGGAUUCCUUCUCCGAUCGCCCACCUUGUCACUGGUCCUCAGUCUGAAUCUUCACUCAAUACAGAUCAUUCAGAAAAAAA